AUGACCAAAAACCCAAAAUUUAGCCGGGAAUAUACGUCCCGACGGAGUACUUUUAAAUGGCCGUUGACAAACUGGAUUCCCCGGAUUCUCCAAGACAGCUUUGAGCACCGUACUACUCAGCCUCUACCUUCAAGGGAAGCCACAUUGGCUCUAGUCACUGGGUUCCUUGCCAACUUCAAUCACACUAUUCCGCUAAUUGACGAUACCUCACUCAGGCGUUUAGUGGAGAGGCAGUAUUCUUGGAAUCCGGACGAUAGCCCUUCGUCGUGGGUUUUGCUUAACGUUGUGAUCGCUUUUUCUUAUAGGGAAAGGGCACAAGCAUCUUCGGAUGCGAGUAGCGAUUGGCAGAAGUCAUUAGGCCACGUGAAAAACGCAUUGAACGUGUUGGUAGACCUUUUCCUGCGCAAUGCCGAUCUUGCUGCCGUACAAGGGCUACUGGGGUUAGCUCUUUACUUCCAGGGGACACCGAAUGCACAAGCCCAAUAUAUGCUUGCAGCAUCGGCAAUGCGCCUUUCACACUCUAUUAGGUUGCACAGAAACGUUAUUUCAGGCUUUACCCCAGCCGAAAUCGAAGAAAGACGGAGAACAUUCUGGAUAUCUUUCAUUCUCGAUGCUGAGAUCUCCCUUCGUGUUGGACGCCCACCGGUUCAAGACAUGGAGGACUACAAUACACCACUGCCGGCUAAACUGCCUCACGAUGGUCGAGGUAUUAUUUCUAUUAACGGGAUUUCAGUCAACUACUUUCGCCUGCUCGCUCAGUUUGCGACUAUGCAGAGACUCCGGGCAAUGUCGCAACAGCCCAAAGACAAAGAGAUAGCCCUGAAAUCGGCCAAGGCUUGCGAAGAAGGUCUUUUGUCAUGGCGAAGGUCUAUCCCAGAUAGUUUUCAUCCAGAGCAAUUAUUUGCUUCUGGGCCCGAUCACUCCAAACAUCAUCUCCUUCGUUUACACCUUGCAUACCACUCUUGCUAUGCAAAUCUCCGCCAAUUGUCGAUCCUGACCUCAUCUUUUCCCACCAAAAAUUCUCAAGAGCCAACAACAGGAGUCGACAGAGCUAUUAAAGAGCUCAGUCUACGCGCUAUCGACUCGGCGCGCUCUGCACUAGCUUUCCUUCCAUAUGUUCAUUUGUUGGGCUCCAACUAUAGGUGGAACGUGCUUUACUUCUUUUCUGCCGCAUGUGUGACAUUGGCAUCCGAGAUACACAGUCAUUCUAUCCAUCAACAGUCCAAAGAUGAUCUCACCCUCAUUCAUGAAGCAACUGCUUUCCUCACGAAUGUUUCAGAUGAAGAACCUGGCACAUUUAUCGACUUUAUACUGGACGUGUGCUCCGAUAUUGAAAACUCUGCCAGACGCGCCAACCAACAAGUACGAAGCGAUAACGGUCGGCCAUUGACACAUGGUACCAAUGAAGAUGUUGCCAAUCCAGAAAUCGACCUGUGUGGACGGCAACAGCCUGCUGACCACAGCGACAGUAGCUUCUUGAAUAACGACGUCGAUCUUCUGAAUGAUAUCAAUCUCAAUUACAUCACCUCAAAAUGGCCUAAUCCCCCGUUCUGGAAUUGGCAGGAUAUGCUUGGAACGCCCUUGUCUCCGGAUCUGAAUAGAGAAAGAACUGAUGAUUGUACAUGA